GGGGAGCGGAAGUGCGUCACCGGCACUUCCGGUGAGCGCAGCGCUUCAAGAUGGCGGCGCUGUUGUUGAGAUGCGUCUCUCGGCGCUGCCUGCUGGCCCGGCUCGGCCCCUCGGUGCACCACGUCGUCCCCAUGGCCACCACAGCCAAGGAGGAGAUGGCUCGUUUCUGGGAGAAAAACACCAAAUCCAGCCGCCCGUUGUCCCCUCACGUCUCCAUUUACAAGUGGUCGCUGCCCAUGGCCAUGUCCAUCACGCACCGCGGCACCGGCGUUGCUCUCAGCUUAGGAGUUUCUCUCUUCAGCCUGGCCGCCCUGCUGCUCCCGGAGCAGUUCCCUCACUACGUGGCCAUGGUGAAAUCGCUCAGCCUUGGCCCUGCUCUCAUCUACUCCGCUAAAUUCGCCCUGGUUUUUCCCCUCUCCUACCACACCUGGAAUGGAAUCCGGCACCUGGCGUGGGAUUUGGGGAAAGGCUUCAAGCUCAGCCAGGUGCAGCAGUCGGGGCUUCUGGUGCUGAUUCUGACCCUGCUCUCCUCCGCCGGCAUCGCGGCGAUGUAACGCAGCUCCUCCCCCAUCACCGCGUCCCGAAGGGCGGCAGAUGGAUUCCAGCUCAGCCCUCCUGGCUUUGGGCAGACAGAAAGGGGGGCAGGGCAGCGUUUUCCCCCCCCCCCCAGUCGUGAUGCGGGGCAGAGGCUCAGCCCUGCUCUGCUCUGCGCCCCUGGGUUCCUUCCUUCCCCUCUGGGAUUCGUUGGCAAUAAAGCAGCUUCGGUCCCCGUG